GGAAGCGGCGGCGGGCGGUGCGGCGGCGGCCCCGAGAUGCUGCGGCUGCGCUGCAAGGCCCGGAGCGGCUCGCACGCUCUGCCGGGGCUGUCGCCGCACUCCCGCCUCCGCGACAUGCAGGCCGCGCUCGCCGCCCUCACCGGCGUGCCCGCCCCCGCGCAGCGCCUCCUGCACGGCUUCCCGCCGCGCAGCCUCGACCUCAGCGACGGCGAGAGGCGGCUCGGCGAGCUCGGCAUCCACUCGGGUGACACUCUGAUAGUCGAAGAGGACACAUCCAAACCCGAGCCUGACUCGCCCGUGAUCGCCAAAAAAACCAUGUCCCACCCAGUCAGGGAAGCCGUGCCCGUGCUGGCCAGGAGGGUGGUGCCAGCAGACAAUUCCUGCCUGUUCACCAGCGUGUCCUACGUGGUGGAGGGCGGCGUCCACGACCCCGGCUGCGCCCCGGAGAUGCGCAACCUCAUCGCCCAGAUCGUGGCCAGCGACCCCGAGUCGUACUGCGAGGCCGUGCUGGGCAAAACCAACAGGGAAUACUGUGACUGGAUCAGGAGGGAGGAGACGUGGGGAGGAGCCAUCGAAGUGUCCAUCCUUUCCAAGUUCUACCAGUGCGAGAUCUGCGUGGUGGACACGCAGACGGUGCGAAUCGACCGCUUCGGAGAGGACGCCGGCUACAGCAAGCGCGUGCUGCUGAUUUAUGAUGGCAUCCACUACGACCCUCUGGAGCGCCGUGUGCCCUCCUCAGACAUUCCCCCCCAAACCAUCUUCUCCACCAGCGAUGAUGUGGUGCUGGCCCAGGCGUUGGAGCUGGCUGAUGAAGCCAGGAGGAAGAGGCAGUUCACYGAUGUGAAUCAUUUCACCCUGCGCUGCAUGGUGUGCCAGAAGGGACUGACUGGGCAGAUGGAGGCCAGGGAGCACGCCAAGGAGACUGGACACACCAACUUCGGGGAGGUGUGAGCUCCGAAAGAGGAAGGUGCCAUCGACUACCUCAGCGGUCCAGAAUGAGAUUCUGGAGUCCCAGAUAAGCUGUUUGUAAUCAUAAAAUUCCGUUCACAGAGCUUGAAAAGCGAAUUAACUUCAUGGUGGCCAGCGCACAGGUUGGGGGAUAAGGGAUUGGGAAUAGGGAUGCUGAGGGAUAGCAGUUGGGCAGGUGGAGGAUGGUGGCAGCCACACUUUGACUUCAAAACCUUCUGUGUGUGUGUGUGAUCUGAGCAGGCAGACACAACCAGGCYCUGUCUCUCUGCACGUUUGCUGGGUAAUUCAAUCAAAAAGGCUUUGGGAAACACACAUAUCAGCACGAUUUACACUGAGAAUUGGGCUCUGCACACCUGAGCCGCUCUCAGAGGGGAAACUGCUUGUGUGGUGCGUGAUUUGKAGUGGAAAUAUCCACUAUCAAAUAAUGGAAAAAGGAUCUCUGAGCUGCCMUAUACCAUGAGGAAUAGGCUGUGUAGUUUGUGUGGAGAGAACUUUAGGGAAAGCAAUGGCCUCUAAGCUUUAAGGUAGCCUUCUUUAAAUUAAUGAGUAGAUGGAUAAGUGUUGAAUAAAACUUAUUAAUCCUCCGUAGGUAGCUUUUAGUUGCUUGAAAAAUAAGUCUCAACCCCCUGGUGUUUACACUGCAUCAGAGCAUAGGCAUGUUUCCUGGAAUACUUGGGAUUCUUCUUCAUAAUAGCAUUGGGAAUUCUGGCAAGAGGGAAGGGAGUAGUUAGGGAAGUGACUUAAUUUGCAUCUGUUAAAUACAUUUAAGCAGACUUUACUUGAGUAGAGCCAAUCACGGCCAUGGUGUUACUAAGCUGUUCCAGUUUCCCAAAUACUGUAAACGAGCACUUUAAGGUUGAGUUCUCACUUUUUUGCUGGUAAAAAGUUUUUGCCCCUCCGAAGGCCAGAGCCAGAAGGAGAGGCUUGAAAUUUCAUCUGCUUUUCUGCCUUAAUGUGUUUGAUUUUUUUGUCACCGGUGACUGUGGAAGUAGCAAGACUUUCAUUGUGAUAAUGAAGGGUGCAGCUGAAUAUUCAGAACAAAAUAAGCUGGGUGAAGUGCCCCACUCCUUGGACUGUUCAGAAUCAGGGAAGAUGAAAUUGGUGUCAUGGGAUAUUUUACCUCACCGUGGGGUUUUGAAGCUGAACAGCAGGUGCUUUUGAGAGCUUUUUAAAGGUGCUGUAAAGGUGCAUAAUACCGAAGGGGAUUUAUGGUUUUUUUUUUAAUUUGAAAUGCCUGCAACACAUCCUUGUUUCUUGAAUUUUAAAACACCCUUUGCCUGCCAUUUCUGUUACUGUUUUGAGUGACCUUCCUUGCACUUUUAGACUGGGRAGUGAGAACGUGCAACUUGGGGCUGAGGCAGAAAUAAACCCACUUCCCACAUGGAAUCUAAAAUCCAGUUUAAAGGCCUCUGUUCCCUAAGGUACCUGACCCAACCAGUGCAGCAAAAAUCCCACCUUUUGUGCAAAAAUCCUGUUUCACGUUCUCAGCAGAAGCUCCCAGUUGCAUCUUGAAAYACAGGAGGGUUUUACUGAAGAAGGAACAUAAUUACAUAAGUGCUUUGCUGAAUUAAGGCAUGAAUAAUUCACUACAAAGCCUAGAAUCACCGAGAGCACUAUGGACCAGGUUUGUUUUGAAUUCAGUAUUAAAAUACACAUUAGCACUGCUGGGAGGUUCCCAUAAAAAGCCACUUUGCUUCCAGUGUUAAACCCCGCUCUGCUUUUAGCCUGUCAUUAGGAAAAAGAGAUAAAAAACCCCAAACCCAACAUUAACGAAGCUGAUGCUUCAAAACCUACAGAAAAAACCAGCUGACAGUUCAAAGGAACUUGAAGAUGACACUGUGUUAUGACUACUUGAGCUGAAAUUGUGGCCAGGAAUGAGACCAAGAGACUGUUGAGCCCCAGGUGUGUCCUCAGUUUCCCCAGGGGAGCAGGGCCAUGCCUGGGACAAAGAGCUGACCCUCACCCUUUGCCAUCUGUCACAAGGACACAAWACCUACCUCAGAGAGGUGCACUGAGUGUCUCUGGGUGUCUGAAACACAAGUGGAAAAUCCAUAUUUAUUGUCUGCGUUGACUUUGGGGAGCAACACUUAGAUUUUAGCUUCAUGUCCUGGGUGGAUUUUUCAGUGUGUAAAACUUUUUUUUUUUUAAUUUUUUUUUUUUUUUUUUUUUGGGGGGUGUUUCUCAGUUGCAGUAUUUGAGAAUCGAGCUUUAUUUAAUCCAGAGUGUUGAGCUUUGCUAGAUCAUGUUUGCAUUGGGAAUCUGCUGACAGAGAAUCAGUUCCAUUGGAGGGACGUGUGUCACUAUCACUGCUUGGAUGUUUUCUUUUGUUGCCUAGAAAAUAAAAUCUCUUUGGUUAAAAAAAAAA